AUGUCGCAAGGCGGAGCAGGGCGUCGUUCGACGCUGGCUUCGGUAGAGAACAAUUGGCAGCAACCAGCAGCUCCAGCGUCAGCUAUCAAAUCAUCCAAGACAUACGGAGCAGGAGGCAAUGGCGGAGCAUCCAUGCUGCCCCGUCAGUCGAGCAUCGCCCGCGCUUCCUUGGCACCUGGCAGAUUGGGAGGAGCGGGGGGAGAAGGAUCUCGAUUGGCAAUGAGCAGUGCGGGAGCGGGAGUGGGAGGAUUGGGCGGCUCUGCGCCUAGAUCUAGUGGCGCGCCUAUGAGUUAUCGGCAAAGCACUCAGCAGCACGAUGAUGGACAGUCGUCCGUCCAGGCCACACCGUAUGGAUCCAGAAGCAUGGGAAUGGGCAUGAGGUCUAGCGCGGCGGGCAGCGUGGCAGGCAGACAAAGCGUCAGUGGACCGACGCCAAAGUGAGUCACUCCUCACCACAGGUUGAUCGCUGCAGCUGCUGACCGUUGCACUUUCUCAUCGCAGCGCCAUGCGUAGAUCGAUCGGCGGGAGACAGUCCAUGGCGCCAGGAAUGGGUCCAGGCAUUCACAGCGUCAGAGCGCUGACCGAGCCGAGACCACUGCGAUCUCGUCCAUUCAUGGAGGAAGUAAAGGAGCGCGUAUUCGACUUUUUGCAAAGGACCGGCUUCAGCGCACCCGGCUUUUCCCACAAAUCCAUGAACGAUCCGACGCAGACGCAUUUCCUUUCCAUGUUCAGGCACAUUUACAACAAAUCCAUCGACAACACGUACACCUUUACAAAGGACAACAAGAGGGAAGCGGAUGAGAUCAUCUCACUGCUCAACGAUAUCAAAUACCCGCUCAUCGGAGAUCUGAGCAAGAUGAAGCUAGGUGCAGCUGGUAGCGCGCAGAAUUGGCCCAGCAUCGUAGCCAUGCUCGACUGGAUCGUUUGCAUGAACAGCACCUUUGCCAACGAUACCAAGUACGGCGGUGCUGGCCCGUUGGAGCGCGAGCUCGAAGACGAGCAAGACGACCAGCAGCUAUUCUACAAGUUCUUGUGGGAAUGCUACGACAAGUUCUGGCAGAAUCAGGAUACUUUCCCAGACGAAGUGGCAGCGCUGGAUCAGAUAUUUGCUGAGCGCAAUGCUGGUGUUACGAAACAGGUGGAGGAGCUCGAGUCUGAAGAGCUCAAGUUGGAUCAGCAACUCCGAGAGUACACCGAUCACGACUCACCACUGACGAAGCAGACGCGCGAGAAGGAGCUGCUGGAAGGGGACAUCACCAAGUUCAUCAAGUAUCGAGAUGACAUUCUGUUGCCCAAGCUGGCCAAGUCCAAGGGCACGCUGAAGGCGCUCAACGAGCAGAUCGAGCAGAAAUUGACUGAGCUCAGGCGCGCAGAGCAAGAAGCUGUUACGCUCAAGAAGCAAGUCGACUCGCAAGGUAUUUCCGAGUCCGACUUUGACGCCAUGACCAAAGAGAAGGAGAACCUUCUCAAGCAGUCGCACGAUAUUGCAGAGGAGAACAAUGAAGCGGCGAAGAGGUCUUGGAACCUUGAACUCGAGGUGUCAAAGCUUCAAUCUAGAGUUGAAGAGCUGUUCAAGACUUUCAAUUCUCUUGCACGCAAGGUGGGACUUUUUCCCCUUGACCUCAACGAUGGGUCAGGCAGCCAGUUGCAAGAGCUGGAAAUCGUGCCCCGCAAUCCCUCAUCCAUGCUCCCGCCCGGUGUAGACAUCAAGAGUCUGAUCAAACCUGCGAUCGAGCGGUUGAGAUCACGAGAGGUUGAAAAGUUCAAGAAGAUCUGCGAGGAGUGCUUGGUUGCUCAGGACAAUGUGGACAGAAUUUCGGAAGAGCUCACUGCCGUGCGGGAAACGCACAUCGCAUUGCAGGGUCGACUAGACAGGCAGCAGGAAAUCUUUGAGGAGACGCUAGCGGUGAGUAGCGCUGCUAAUUGUGGCGCGCAAUUGAAUGAGACUGACCACGUGCCUUGCUGUGCCUGCGCUUUCAGGUAAACGGUUCGGAGCAUCAAGCCAUCGAGAGCAAGAAAGCAGACGAUGAAGCCAAACUGCUCCAGAUGCAGCAAGCCGGUCAUCUGGCCAUGCAGCAUGCCGAAGCUAGACUCUCCUCCCUCAAGAGGCAACUACAGACUGCAAAGCAGAAUGAUGAACAGCAUCGCCUGGCCUUGCAUAGGGAAUUGGAAUCUGCAGCUUUGGACGUGGCCAACCUCAAGAUGAAGGUGGCUGCUGCUAUCGAGAAGCUCGGCCAAGACGCUCAACGCUUGUGA